AUGAUGAUGAUGAUUAUAAGUGUUCUUUUGUAUUCAUUGUUUUAUUCAUGUCAAGUGAUCGAUGGGGUGUCUAAAUAUAAUCUUUGGUGGAAUAUUGGUGUUCACGAAGGCAAUGACCAUAAAGUGUUUCCAUAUACAUUUUUGAAUUCUGGAAGCCAAUAUGAAAUUAAUGAAGAUUCAUCACAAUAUUGUCAAUCAAUAUUAAAGAAUUUAACUACAGGACAAAAACAGAUAUGUUUAUUACAUGCAGAUCAUAUGCCAAUUGUUAUUCAAGGUGCAAGUAAAAGUAUCGAAGAAUGUCAAUAUCAAUUUCAAGAUCGUCAUUGGAAUUGUUCAACAGUAAAAGAUGGCUCUGUAUUUGGACCAGUUCUUAAUCAUGCGAAUCGAGAAACAGCUUUGGCUCAUGCAAUGUUUUCAGCUGGUGUAACAUAUGCUGUAAGUCGAGCAUGUAAACAAGGCUUAUUAAAAUCAUGUACAUGUAGUCGAUCUGCUCGACCGAAAAAUUUACCACGAGAUUGGUCAUGGGGAGGAUGUGGUGAUAAUAUCGAUUAUGGCUAUCGAUUUAGUAGAGAUUUUGUUGAUACACCAGAAAAAGAAUUUGACCCUAUAAUUCCAUAUGAUUCAUUAAUAAAUUCAAAUCAAACGAUGAUUUACGCAAGAAGAAAAAUAAAAUUUUUCAAAUCUGGCAAAUUAAGACGUCAAAUGAAUCUACAUAAUAAUGAAGUUGGACGAAGAGCUGUUUAUCGGUUAACACGAGUUGUUUGUAAAUGUCAUGGAGUUAGUGGUUCAUGCAGUCUUCGAACAUGUUAUCAACAAUUACCAACGUUUCGUGAAGUUGGUGGAUUGUUAAAAGAAAAAUAUGAUGGUGCUAUUGAAGUACGUUAUCAACGUCGUUUAGGAGAAUUACGUUCGCGGGAUCGUCGUUUUGUUGGACCAACUAAAGAUGAUUUAAUUUAUUUUGAAGAGUCAAACUUUUGUGAAUACAAUUCGCGUAUUGGUUCAUUAGGUACAAAGGAUCGUCAAUGUAAUCGAACAAGUCAUGGACCUGAUAAUUGCGUAACAAUGUGUUGUGGACGAGGUUAUAAUACGAUAAGAAAAUAUAUUCAAGAAAAAUGUAAUUGUAAAUUUAUAUGGUGUUGUUCUGUACAAUGUGAGACAUGCCAUCGGUUUGUAGAGAUUAAUGUGUGCAAAUAG